AAGAAGAAAAUGGCAAGCUCGAGUGUGGAAGUGGAAUGUGUUUUGGUAGUUGUGGGCAUGGUUGUGCCAAGCUUGGCCACAGUUCACACUGUGGGUGACACCUCUGGGUGGACAACUGGUGUUGACUAUAGCACAUGGACUAAAGGCAAGACCUUCAAAGUUGGUGAUACCCUUGCCUUCAAUUACCCAACCAUGCAUACAGUGGAUGAAGUAAGUUCAAGUGAUUAUAGUACAUGCACUGUGGGUAAUGCAAUAAGAUCAGAUAAGAGUGGAGCCACCACUGUCACUUUCAAGACUGCCGGAACUAUUUACUUCAUUUGUGGUGUUCCCGGCCAUUGCACCGAUGGCAUGAAGCUCGCCAUCAAAGUUGAGUCCGGCAGCGCAACAAUGACGACGACAACAACAACAAACUCGGAUUCAUCGUCUUCUUCACCCAACCGUUCGCCAUUUGCGGCUUUCUUCUCAACUUGGGUUGCGUCAUUGGUUAUCUUGAUCAUAAGUAUAAGCUCUCGGCAAGAAUUUUAGUCUUUGUUCCGGAUA